AUCAGAGUAGUAUACUCCCCCAUAAACUCUUAAGGAAACUUAGAAAAAUUAGCCCUGCUUACUUGCGGAAGGAAACGAAAUUUACGGCAGAUCUUCUGCGAUUGAGCUCUACUUCGCCGAUUGAGCUCUUGCGAAGCCUUCUCUUGCAAACCUCUACUUUUGCGGUCGAUCUAAACAAUGAAGUCGUCUCAGAAUACAAGAACUAACAGCGGGAAAACUAUCCAUGCCUCUGUCUGAAGAAGCGCUUGGUGGGAACUUUUCAGAAAGUGAUAAAGGAAGGCAGUAUGGGUAUGCUUGCUUCGGCGGGAAAUGAAAAAGGAAUAGUGAAAGAGUCCAAACGAAAAAAGGUCAUUAUCACGUUGAAAACAGGAGGCAUGAAGUUGUAUGGUACCUUAUUUGGGGAGUAUUUGAAGAUGUUUAGAAGUUUCGUUGAUAAAUAGCCGUUUGAACAUGCAGUAAUUGUGAUCCAAUAUGCUAAGAUCAAAAUGUUUCAAGUGUUUGCAGGAAAACUCUAUUGUCAAACAAUGUUCGAACUUUGAAGAAUUGCAGGAACCAUUUCCUACUACCGGCCGCAUAUCGCAUCAUGACACAAGAGGAAACGGCGCGGGCAGCUCAGACUCGCGAACGACUUGAAAACACAGCCUUUGUCGCACGUCACACCACCGUAGAUAAGCCACGAGACAAAGCCGUGACCUGUUCCCAUUGCCGAAAGCCGGGUCAUGAGAAGGACACAUGUUACCAGCUUCAUGGCUAUCCCGAGGGUUGGGGUCGUCACAGCAUCGGCGGAAGAGGUCGUGGGCGUGGGCGCGGCAUCUCUGUUUCUACCGGCAGAGGCGCUGGAGGACAACAGCCGCACACUGCCCAUGUUGCGGCAGUAGGGUCGGCUGGAAGCAGUGGCGGCAGUGAUCCAUCUAGUAGUGGGGCGGUGGUUCCCUCUCUCACUGCCGAGCAAUGGGAUACUUUUAAGGCCCUUCUAGCUUCUGUCAAGGAUGCUCCCACUGAAAAAUUGUCAGGUGACUUUCUCACCGGAAAAUCGUCCCCCUCCAGCACCGAUGACUCGGAAUGGUUCCAACUUGACGCCCUCAUACAAGGUUGGAUCCUCUCCACUGUCAAUGAUGAAAUUUGUGAUCUUGUUCUCUCUACAACCAACUCCGCAUCCGAGCUUUUGAAAGCCAUCUAUAACAUAUUCCACGACAACAAGCCGGCCCGGGCGAUGCAACUUGAACACCAAUUCCGCACCACCAUGAAGGGUUCUCUCUCCAUUGCCGCUUAUUGUCAAACCCUCCGGAAUCUUGCGGAUUGGUUGGAUGAUGUAGAUGCCCCCGUCUCCGAACAACAAUUGGUUCUUCAAGUCUUGCGUGGUCUCCCGGAUGAUCUUCAAGGACAAACGUCGUUCCUUCAAUACCAAACGCCGCCCCCGACCUUUCUUCAAACCCGUUCGGCCCUCCUCUUAAUUGAACAACAACGGGCUGAACUAGGUGUCGGCAGCAACAUGGGGGACGGCGGCACGGCGUUAUACGCCGGCACUGGAGAAAUUGGAGGGGAGGCUGAGCGUCGGCUUGCUAGACGGCGGAGAAGAGAGCAGGUGACGGCGGUCGGCGACGCAGGGGUGACGGCUUCUCACUUCAGCGGCUUCUCACAUGCGGCUGGGGUCACUCCUCGGCUGCUUUGAGGGAGAAACAGAAGAAGAGAGGCUUUUUUUUCCUUAAUGGGAUAAGGGGUCACUCCAAACAUGCGGCUGGGGUCACUCCACACUAUUUUUAUUUUUGAAUUAGAGGGGGAAAUAUUACCCUUAUUCUAGUUCCAUCUUUUUUUAUUGUAAAUUUACGGAUUUAGCGAGGGAUAAGUCCGACUCUUUUGUGUUUGAUACUAGUGGGGGGACUAUUCCGCCUCUAAUUCGAAUAUUUUUUUUAAAAAAAAUUUAAAUUUUUAUUUCUCCCGCUAUUUUUUAUUUAACUUUAAUCUCCCGAUAAUAAAAUUGAAAUUUAUUU